GACCGCACCGUUCAGAAGGGGGCAGGGAGAGAGGCGACUGGGACUACACCCCUGCUCCCCUCUUCCCCUGCCAGAACUUGGGCUUGUCCUGUUUGACGUGCCUGCCGGAGGGGGUGGAAGGGGGUACUGACCCUAGGAGCGGUCCCGCGACUCUACGCUCCCUGCUGUCCAGGCUCGGCUGGGAUGCUGCCCGGCUCAGCGUGGACCCCCUUGAGAAGAGGAUGGAGGGUUCAGCCGACUCCUACACCAGCCGCCCAUCUCUGGACUCGGACGUCUCCCUGGAGGAGGACCGGGAGAGUGCCCGGCGUGAGGUGGAGAGCCAGGCUCAGCAGCAGCUCGAGAGGGCCAAGCACAAACCUGUGGCAUUUGCUGUGAGGACCAAUGUCAGCUACUGUGGCGUACUGGAUGAGGAGUGCCCAGUCCAGGGCUCUGGAGUCAACUUUGAGGCCAAAGAUUUUCUGCACAUUAAAGAGAAGUACAGCAAUGACUGGUGGAUCGGCAGGCUAGUGAAAGAGGGUGGGGACAUCGCCUUCAUCCCCAGCCCCCAGCGCCUGGAGAGCAUCCGCCUCAAACAGGAGCAGAAGGCCAGGAGAUCUGGAAACCCUUCUAGCCUGACUGACAUCGGCAAUCGUCGUUCUCCUCCUCCCUCUCUAGCCAAGCAGAAGCAAAAGCAGGCAGAACAUGUCCCCCCAUACGAUGUGGUGCCCUCCAUGCGGCCUGUGGUGCUGGUGGGACCCUCUCUAAAAGGUUACGAGGUCACAGACAUGAUGCAGAAGGCUCUCUUUGACUUCCUCAAACAUCGGUUUGAUGGCAGGAUCUCCAUCACUCGAGUCACAGCUGACCUCUCCCUGGCCAAGCGAUCUGUGCUCAACAACCCCGGCAAGAGAACCAUCAUUGAGCGCUCCUCAGCCCGCUCCAGCAUUGCCGAAGUACAGAGUGAGAUCGAGCGUAUAUUCGAGCUGGCCAAAUCCUUGCAGCUAGUAGUACUGGAUGCGGACACCAUCAACCACCCAGCACAGCUGGCCAAGACCUCACUGGCCCCCAUCAUCGUCUUUGUCAAAGUGUCCUCCCCCAAGGUACUCCAGCGGCUCAUCCGCUCCAGGGGGAAGUCACAGAUGAAGCACCUGACUGUACAGAUGAUGGCCUACGAUAAACUGGUUCAGUGCCCUCCAGAGUCAUUUGAUGUGAUUCUAGAUGAGAACCAGCUAGAAGAUGCCUGUGAGCACCUGGCUGAGUACCUAGAGGUUUACUGGCGGGCCACCCACCAUCCAGCCCCUGGUGCUGGACUUCUGGGCCCUCCCAGUGCCAUCCCUGGACUUCAGAACCAGGAGCUGCUGGGGGAGCAAGGCGAGGAGCACUCACCCCUGGAACGGGACAGCUUGAUGCCCUCAGAUGAGGCCAGCGAGAGCUCCCGCCAGGCCUGGACGGGAUCUUCACAGCGUAGUUCCCGCCACCUGGAGGAGGACUAUGCAGAUGCCUACCAGGACCUGUAUCAGCCUCACCGCCAACACACUUCAGGGCUGCCCAGUGCUAAUGGGCACGAUCCCCAAGACCGGCUCCUAGCCCAGGACUCGGAGCACAACCACAGUGAUCGGAACUGGCAGCGCAACCGACCUUGGCCCAAGGAUAGCUACUGACAGCAUCCUGUUGCCCUGCCUUGGCAGGCACAAGCAUAGCUGGCUGGGACACCCACUCCAGGCAGGUUGGAGUUAGACUGCCAUUAGGCUGCGACUAGGCUCAGCUCCCACAAUCCCGCCUAGCCCCAGCUCCAGGGUUGCCUGCGGUCCCAAGGUUCUGGUAGAAGCAGGGAGCCAGCCCCCUUACCUCCUGGGCACCCCCUAGGCUCCCCAUUCCAGGUACUGUGUUCUGCACCCCUGGCACCUUCCUCGCCUCCUGCACAAGAAACUGCCCCAUUGGGCAGUGCCCUCAGGCCAAGAUCCCCUUAGCAGGAGCCUUCCCACUAGAGUUGGGGAAGGGAUCCCUCCUCAAGAGUAAAUGGAGGGUAGGGGUGUGGGUGCCAUGGCAUGAGGAAGAAACAAGGUUCCUGGACAGGCACAAGUCCUCAUAGUCAAGAGGCUCAGGGCUUGCGCUUUGGGGUCCAAGGGCCUCUACUCGCCUCACUGCCACACAUCAGAAAUGAGACAAUCAAAGCCCAACAGGGUGGCACUUGGCAUCUGUCAGCUGAGGUGGGGUACCCACAUCCACACCUGGAGCAGCAGGCAGGUGAAGCUGGCCAGAGAAAGACCACAGCUGCAGGUCUUGGAGGGAAGGGCCCUCCUCACCCAGCCAGCAAGCUUAGCAUGACAGGACCAGGGACCCAGAGCAUGGUCGCACUAAGAGAGACAGGAGCCAUCCUUGACUGGGAGUUUGGAAGGAUGAAAGAGUUUCAGGGCCUCCUUGCCUCUCCUCCUUUUGCCCUUGCAUCCUGUCAUCUGUUCUUGCCCUUCAAGCCUCCUGGAAGAGGGGCUCCAGACAUUUUUCCAACUCAUUGCUGCUUGUUAGGUUAGGGCUAGAUGGGAAGACAUAGGACACAGUGGACAGCCAGCCCCAAGGCCCUGUCUACCUGGCUACCCUUGCCUUAUGGCUCUAGCGUGUGACCUACAGAGCAUGUUCCACAAGACCCUGCACCACCUCACCAUCCUCACCAAUAAAACACCAUGCAUCAACCCUUGGGCGUUUGUUGCAUUUACUAGCUCAGGGGGCCAGAUUCCUCAUUGUGUGGCCCAAGUCUGGCAAAAGUAAAGAAAUACUCUGGCCUUUCCCCUCC